AUGUGGUCAAGGCAUAUGAGCUCUCCGUUCAGAAAUGAUGAUGGUUCUUUCAUCAAAGGCGCUAAUGCUGAGGAAGCAAGAUUACAUGACAAUACUCUAAAAGGGAGAGCCCACCACACGGCCAUAAGGCUCCCUGAUGUCAUUGCUGAUACCAUCAACAACAACAUCUUACGGUUGACUUCUCCUGGCCGGUUGAGAACAAAAGUGGCUGACAUAUACCAAUCGGUACAAAAGGAACAACUACAAUCGGCUCCUACCAACGGAAUAGAGGCCAACGCCCACAUCGCAGCAUUGUUCCUCCAGGACUACGCUCACUGCUACCAGGUUCUUCAGGAGUUGAAGAAGAGAAUGGGCCCGUCAUUCAGUCCUAAGAGAAUCUUGACUGUUGGAUAUGGACCUGCCACGGGGAUGGUUGCUUUGAACGAAGUCAUGGGUGACACAUUCAACCCCGAGUAUAAGGAUGCAUAUGUGAUUGGCCGAGAAAAUAGAGAAAUGAAGAAAAGAGCCAAGAUCAUCUUGUCAAGGCAGUUAAACGAACAGCCAUUUGGAGAAAUUGCCCUUGAAGAGGCAGAAGAAGUUGCUGAAACCGAAACAGAAGAUGCGUUGACCGAAGAACAAGCACCAGAGACACCUGAGUAUGUGGGACCCGUCGACACGACGCGGAUCGAGAUCAGAACCAAGUUGAGAGAUUCGUUGCCGACUGCAAAAAAAUACGACUUGAUCAUCGUGAACCACUCAUUGUUAACCAAAGAACACCAUUUCCCACGGGACGUCGACGUCAACAUGCACAUGCUUCUUCGGCUCCUAGAGCCCCAGGGCCAUAUUGUUCUUGUUGAAAGAGGCAAUUCUGUUGGCUUUGAAACGGUCGCAAGAGCCCGUCAGAUCAUGAUUAGACCCGAAUCUUUCGAAAAAGAAAGAGGUAAGGUUCCCCGUCCUUACAUCAAGGGUUCUUCCAUCAAGCCCCAGAAGCUUCGACACGUCGAUCAGAUCAUCACCGAAGAGCACAUCAAGCACGAAGAGAAAUUACUUGAAGAGCUUGACAAAGAACUCGGACAAUACCACGCCAGCGACUCAGACAUCAGUGAACUCGAGCAGACCAUCAUCGAGAAGUAUGGAGACGUCAGCGAGGACGACUUGAAGUUCGAGUUUGAAGAUGAUAAGCGUUUUGAAGUCAACGAACUUGGGGAUCCCACUCUUGGCCCAGAAAGUGUUGAUUACCAUUUGGAAAUCGUGGCUCCCUGUUCCCAUCACUCCAAGUGUCCAUUACAGCUAGGCGACCCCAAGUACUACAAGAUCCCAUCCCACAAGCAUCGGCUCAAGUUCUGCUCGUUUGACAAGGUUGUUGAAAGACCCAAGUAUACGAUGGAGUUGAAGAGAGGAAAGAAAUUGGCCACGGCGUGGGACAAGGGUGCCGAAGACGGGUUCGGAUUCGACACAAUGAAGAAGAGCCAGGUGAAGAAGCUCAGUGGUUCUGGAAGACCUGGAGGCAAUAAUACCGAAAGUGGGUCUUUCACCUACUUGAUCGCCAGAAGAGCAUCAAACGAAAUUAGCGACAUCCAGAAGAUCGAGUACGAAAGAGUCCACAACGCCUCAUCUGAGGUGGACCUCUCCAACCCCACCAACUGGCCCCGGGUUUUGGAUGUCCCCGCUCGGGUGAAGAAUAACGUCAAACUCACUACUUGCGCUCCCUCGGGGAAUAUCGAGAUUUGGCAAAUUCCCAAGAGUUUGGGUAAACAGGAGUACCACGAUGCCCGCAAGGUCGACCAAGGCGACUUGUGGGGUCUCGGAAAGAAGAGUGUGUUGGUGAAGAACCAGCUCAGUGAAAAGGUCAGAGAUAAGUUGGAUAUUUUAUCGAAAACCCAGAAAAAGACGUUUAAGAAGGAGCAGAGAAAGAAGGUAUGGAAGAAAUUGGUGAGCCAGUCGGAGCAUGACUUUGAAAAUGACAUUGUGAAGUUUUCUGACGUGAUGGCCACGAACUUGGAGCAGACGAAGAAGUAUAGGAAGCAGGGACAAAAAUUUGAUGUGGAUGUCUCCGAGUAUGAUGGGAAAUAG